UAUGUAAUCUAAAGCUAUCUAAUAAUUCGUUCAAAAAUAACUAUAACAGUAAAGAAAAAAAGAAGAAAAACCUAAGAUAGAAAAGGAAACAACAAUAGAAAGAAGACCCCAUAAAUUGAUGAGACAAAUUAAGAAGAAAAUUCUUAAAAAGCCUAAAUAAAUAGUAAAAUAAUAAAAGCAAUAACCAAAAAAACAUAAACCUAUAAAGGCAUAAUAGAAUUAAGUAGAUUAGAAUUAUGUUGUAUAUAAACCAAAUGAAAAAAUAAUGAGUAGAUUAAAACAUUAUUUAUGAAAUUGUAUAAAUAUAUAUAUUUAUAGUUC